UUCAAGUUAGUCAUUCGUCGUCAAGGAUACUGUGCGUUACUAAUUUAACAGAGCUCGCGAGUCCUUUACUAGUUACCGUAGUUACCAAAGCCAAACGAAAAAACCAUAACUUUAAUUUUCAAAACUUCUAAAGAACUGCUAUUAAAUAACAAUUUCGAAACACUCUACUCCAGUAGUUGGAUUCACCCAACAACAAUAACAACAACACAGCAAACAUAUUUAUUUUAUACGUACUUAUAUCAAACGAUAUGCAUACGAUUCUGAGAAUUAUUUACAUAUGAAUAUUUGUAUAUGUCCUGAAAUAGCAAAAGGACCUUGCCAAGUGAAUUACAACAAACAAUCCAGUCGUUAUAGAACAACCAGCAGGCAAACUCGAUUCAAAUCGUGUUAAGUGUUUUUGUAGUUGGUGCAUUUUGCUAAACAGAGAUAGACUCUACUAAAUCGAGCGACCGACAAAAUAACUUACAAAAAAUUAUAUCAAAAAGAACAAAAAAUUUCUCAGCGGAAACCAGUGACGCCUAGCAUCUAGCCAGUUUUUUCCGGCUAGUGCUGAAAUCGUAACAGAAAUUCAAAUUUGAAAAAUAGUCAAGGGUGAAAGCUCAAAGGAUUAACAUGCUUUCUAGCCACAAUUCUGCAUUGAAAUUGAAAGAAAGCAGUGCUAAAUCUAAAUCUAAAUAGUGAUUGAAAGUUGAUGACAUCUAAUAAAAUAUUCACACAUUUAAAUGUAUUGAACAAGUGUCAAGUUAAAUUCUUUUUUUUUAAUUCCCUUUUAUUUAUUGAAAUUUUGAUUUAACGUUCAUUUAAAGAGUUGUAUUUGCAAAUUAUUAUAUUUUAAUUUUAAACAAGUGUUAAUCAAUAAAAAUAAAUAAAUUUGUUUUGACGUUUGCUGUUCUAUUCGACGGACCAACUGCAAGAAAAAUUUCGUAUAUUUUUAUUAUUUAAUUGAGACCAUGGCACCCCAACAAAAUUCUACCCUAAUCGAUGGUAAUCUUGAAGUCUGUCCCUCUUUAUUGAACAUACCGGGUGAAAUUAAUCGUUAUAGUCCCAUACUACCGCCUAAAAAUAAAGAAAAUCUUGAUAAAAACAAUAAUAACAAUUACAAUAUCAUUAAGAACAACAACAAUAAUAAUAACAAUAUUAAAAAUUAUCAUGAACAUCAAGAUAUUAACUUUAUUCCCAAGUGGGAGCCAACGGAAAGGGAACUACGUAACUAUUACAAAUACAAACAUCAUCGCAGCGGAAGUAAUCGAAGUGGUCACAGUCGUCGUAGUCGUUCAAUUUCUUUAUACGGCGUCAAUAGUACAAUGGAGCAAGGUCAUAAAGAAAUAACAAUAUGGCUUAGUGAUGAACCCCGUUAUGUAUCCGGUGUCACCAAUAAAACUACAUGCAAUGACAUAAUCAAGGCUUUGAUUGAUGAUGAAAUCAGUAAUGGCAAUUAUGAAUACUGUCAACGAUUUAAAGAUGGAACAGCAUCGCGUGACUACAGCGAUUACGUUAUAACGGAAUGUUGGCGAGGUAUAGAACGCAGCUACGAUGGCAACAUGGCAAUUUUACCGGUUUGGAAAGCUUGGAGUCGUGUACACAAUGAGAUACGAUUAAGUUUAAAACAUCACAAAGAUAUACAGGAUCCAUUGAAAGCGUUAAAGAAUAACACAACUCUAUCGUCCAUACGUGAUUAUAUUUGUAAAUUGCUCUCCUUUGGAAAGAAUAAAAAACGUAACACAAAGUCAAAAAAAUCCAAUAAAUCAACUAAAUCCAAAAUAGAAGACAAAGAAAAUCAAACAAAAUCAAACGAUCUUAUAUUACUGCAAAAUUUUAGUGAGGAUAUUUGUACGAAAAACGCUGAAGCCAAAGUGAAAAGUUCUAACAUUAAACCCACAAUGGAAGAAUCGGAAAUUCAAGCUAAAACUAAAAUAAAUAAAGAAAAGCUCUAUAAAUUAUCUGAAACACGAUCUUCGAUUCGUAAACGGCGUUCGGCUAGUAGUAGACGUAAGGAUAAAAGGAGCUCUCAUGAUAGACGCCGCGAUAGCGGUGACUUUAACAACUUUCUACGCAAACGUAAAGAUUCCUCUAUACGUAGUUCUGUACGCAACAAAUUAGCUCAGAAGAAUGCGGAAAUGAACGAACUUUACGAACGUGAAUACGCUCUUACCAAGGAACUCACCAAUAAAUGUAAAAUGUAUAAACUUCAAAAUGAUUUAUACACCACGUCUGAUAAAAAUCUCGAAAUUUCUGUAGGGCAAAUUCAAAAAAGUAUUGAGGAAUGUGCCAAAGAAAUCAUUCAAACUGAACAUGAAUUGUUGGAAGUUAAAAAUGAAAUUAAACAUGAUAUUUCACUUAUAAAUAAUCUUAAACGUUUAACAUUGGACGCAGAUCUAAAUGAUUGCGGAGUGCCAAUCGAUUUAGACAAUAUUUUAAAACCACAAACCGAUUUAGAACCAACUCCAGCUGCCACCAUAGAAACUAAGGACCAAAUGUUCUUUGUGGACAAUAUCUAUGAAUUUUGUGACAAUAAUGCCAGUAUGUUAGUUUAGCUAUGUUUAACAUAUUUAAAUAGUAUUUACGGUUAACUUUACUUAAUAAUAAAAUAAUUUGAGGACCGAAUAAUUUAUGUACAUAGUACUUAUAUUUGAAUAAUUAGUAUCGUAAUACCGUAUAUUGCCAAUUUAGUAUUACUUUAAAGUGUCUUGUUAAGUUUAUUUAUACAUAUUAUUGCUAAAUUAUUAAUUGUUAUAUUUAAUUAUUUAUAUAUUUAUAUUAUCAUUAAGAUAUUCAUUCAUAGUUUAAUAAAACAUUUUUUCUACUUAUAUUUAUUAUAUUAAUUACUAUUACGCUCACUAUUGACAACUCAUUGUUUGUCAAUAGUUGUCAACGUUGCGUUGUCGACAUUACAUAGUGUUGUCGUUCGUAUGUACACAUAUACUUUGACAACGGAUGUCAUUGAAAAAUUAUAAACAAAUUUUUGUCAAUUUGGAAAAAUUACAUUUGUGAUAAACAAAUUAAUAAAGCAUAAA